AUGGAUUUCGGUCAGAACGGUCGCCACGACAGCUACCUCGCUCAGGUUUCUGACGAGAUCAUGAACCACCACCUCGGCACCGAGUCCACCAAGCUCCUGCUCAAGCAGAUUCGCGAGUGUGUGCGCUCGGCCGGUGUCAACCACCAGAAGGUGUGCAAGGAGCUUGGCGAGGAGAUGGCCUUCCGUCUGGCCAACAACUGCGUCUCCGACUACGCCCGCCAGAACCACCGGUAA